AUGAUGCUGACUAAGGGAAAUGAGAGGGAAAUGAAAUUUGUCCUCUUGGGCUUUGCAGAGUUCCCACACCUCCUGGCAGCCCUGUUCUUGCUGCUCUUGGCCAUCUACAUGGUCACUUUGGUGGGGAACCUGGGUAUGAUUGUGGUCGUAAAUGUUAUUCCCAAAUUUCAGACACCCAUGUACUUUUUCCUUGUCCAUCUGUUCUUCUUGGAUUUUUGUUAUUCCAGUGUAGUCACACUCAAACUACUAGAAAUCUUAGUUGUGAAAGACAGAACUAUCCCCUUCAAAGGAUGCAUGACACAAUUUUUCUUUGCCUGCACAUUUGUGACUGUGGAAAUGUUCAUGUUAGCAGUGAUAGCCUAUGCCCAGUUUGUGGCUGUUUGUAACCCCCUGCUCUACACAGUUCCUAUGUCUCCUAAGCUCUGUGAUGUCCUGGUGGCUGGAAAUUACAUAUGGGGUGCACUCUGUUCCUUGACACUCACAUGUUCUCUCUUGGAACUAUCCUACUGUGGACAUAACAUUAUAAAGCACUAUUGUUGUGAAUAUUCUGCCAUUCUCUCUUUGUCCUUCUCUAACACUUAUUUCAUCCAGAUGGUGAUGUUAGUCAUUUCUACACUGAAUGAGGCUUGUAGCCUCCUGAUCACCCUCACCUCCUAUGUCUUCAUUGUUGUUACUAUCAUCAAGAUGCCUUCCGUAGGGGGACUUUAG